AUGUCACUAAAGGCCCAGUACGCUUCUGUCACGGAGGCUAAGGCUAAAAUCGACCAAUUCGUUGAUUUAAUUGGGAUAUCAGUCGGCUUCAAGGCCCCCAAGCAGUCCUAUGGUACCGAUUUUCAAGCUACGAUUGAACUAUGCGACAAGUCUGCUACGGUUUACGAGAAUAGACUUACAGUUCGGAUAUUUCGACCAGAUGCGGAAUCUCUGCCUCAGGAGAUGGACAUUGGCGAAACUAUCGUUGUAUUUAAACAUAUCAAGGUCGUAGCACUGAAAAAUCAGGGAAAUGCUCUCGUCGGCAUGACAAAUAAGACUCGGUCCUCCUGGGUCAUCUGCAAAGCUGAUAUACCGAGCAAAAGGAAGUCCGCCGGCGGCCAAAAUAAACGCAAUGAUAGAAUUAGAAUACGCAUUGUUGACAACGGACCCUACCGUGUCCAAGACCCCGAGAAAAAGAAAGACUUGCUGUCAGAGGAAGAGUACGACGCUUGCAGGGAUAUUUUCGAGUUUUUUCAUACACGCGGUGGCCUAGCCGGAUGUCAUGGUAUGACGGAGCGGGAUUAUAACGAAGAUGUCAAGCCUCAGCAAGAAGUACUCAAAAAAGCCGCGUUGAUAAAAGAGAUUCAACUUGAUCAUUUCUACGACCUGACGUGCUUUGUACAGCAUGUCUGGUCGCAUAAUAGAUUUGUUGAAAUCACGGUUACCGAUUUUACGGAAAACAAGAGUUUAUGUCCGAGGGGUAUCGAUCCGUUUAGUGAUGAAAUGGAACCGACUGUUCGUAAUGAAACCGAAAGCUAUAUGCUCGAAGGGGCCGGUGUUACGCGGAAUCCGAAGAAAUCAGCUAAUAAAAAGUGGUUUGAGAAGCCAUUUGGGUUUUACUCUUUAAAGAUCGCAUGCUGGGAUAGCUGGGCACAGAAGGCAAAUAGCGAAAUAACAGAAGGAUGCUACCUGGCGCUCACGAAUGUUUUGAUAAAGAGAGGGAAAAGUGGUCAAUGGGAAGGAUCGAUCUCAGAUGGCAAAAAAGCAAGAAGCUUCAGGGAUGGAUUCAAGGUUUUAAGGCCUGAGAACCCUGCUUUGAAGCCGCUCCACAAUCGGAAAAAAGAGCUUUUGAGACUUGUCGCUCAGAACGAAAACGAAAGAAGUGUGAGGGAGCGAAAGCUGAAGGAGGAAAAGGCGCAAGCAAAGCUUGCGGCAGAGCUAAAAAAACGACAAGAAAACAACCCACAAGUGCACUGUGGCUAUAUCUCUGUCGAGACAACUACCCUUGGAAAGAUACUCAGGAUGCUUGAUGGGGACGACGUGGAUUUCUUCAACCGGAGAUACCGUACCGAAUGUCGGGUAGUUGAUUUUCGACCCUCGGAUAUCCGCGACUUCGCUAGAAGAAUCAACGGUGAUACUGGAGCAUGCGCCGUUGAUCUGGAAGCUUCGAUGGGUACCGAAUCUGGGCAUGCCAAGCAUCCACCGGAGUGGUACUGGUGCUUUGAACUUGACGUCGUUGGGAAAGAGGAUGAUGCGAUGAUUACCAUUCACGUUGAUGACGCUGGUGGACGUUACUUAUUAACUCCGGAGCCUUGCGACUUUCGUGCUGAUGCAAACCGUUAUAAAUACGACGAACUGAAAAACGAACUCUUCCACCUUUGGGGGAAUCUCGAAGAGGCCAAAACAAGACGCCGAGAACGAAUCGAAGUUCUCGAAAACCAUGUGAGGUCUCUAAUAAACCAGUAUAAUAGCGGAAAACAUGACCAAAGGUUUCUAGAGCAGCGAUAUCGUAUCCUCGCUGCACAAAGGCAAGAAAUACAGGGCAGGCCGAUUAUUAUGGAUCCGACGGUCUCAAAUAAGUUUUUCUUUGCUAUAAUCAAGGAGUACGGCGAGGAUGACGAGGAUGGUGUCCCUGAAAGAAAGUUUAUACUGGAAAAUACUUCUGUUUCUCGAGGCCUUGUUACGAGAGAACGGCAAAAGGCUCUAGACAGAGCUCGAAAGAGAGCUCUGGCUGAUAGCGACCAAGGAAGUAUCCAAGUUCCAGAAGGGGUUGAUCUGAUGGUUUUGGAUGAAUGA